GUCUGGGGCUUCGCGAGCGCGCACUUUGUCGGCCACUCCUUCGGCACGUUCCUCGUGUCGUGGAUGCUGCGGUACCAGCCGGGGCACGUCGAGAGGUGCACCUUUGUGGACCCGGUGUGCUUCAUGCUGCUCAAGGCCGAGCUCCCACGGAUGGAGGCCAUGCUCGCCGAGAUAGCAAAGAUGCAGGGGCCCGGCGGCUUCGACUUCGUGGUCGUCUGCUGCUCCAACCUGGCCGCCGAGAACUUCUGGCAGCAGCGCCUCGAGGCCACGGUCGAGGAGGUCACUGGGUCGAAGGCGACGGUCCUGUGCGUGCACGAGGACUGGAACGGCGGGGCUGGCAACGGCCUCGGCACGCUCUACGCCUUCCAGAAGGCGGCCGCCAAGAGCGCGGCGUCGGGCGGCCCCGACUUGGCCAAGGCGAUGCGCGACGGCUCCAGCGUGGCCAUCUACCACACCGCCGGCAAGGGCACCCGCAUGGCGCCGCUGCCCGGCGCGGAGAACAACAACAAGCCCGGCGUGAAGUUGCCGGGGCUGCUAAAGGUCGGGGACGACCUCGUGCCCAUCACCGUGCUCGAGGCGGUGCUACGACAGACCAGCAGCUACGCAAGCGUGCGCCCUGGCCGCUGCUCCGUCUUCUGGGGCGACCAGAUUUUUGUGCCGUCCUGCGGCAUCAGGGCGUGCGACGCCCCCGCGGACAUCCUCGCCGCGCUGAGACCGAUGCCCACGGAGGAGCAGUGGAAGGAGGAGGCCCUGCACCAGUACGGCCUGAUUGCCGUGGACCCCCGCGGGGCCGCCACGCAGCUGGAGAAGGUGCUGGUAGAGGGCCACGAGAUCCAGGAGGUUCGCCCCGACAACCACCUCAACGCAGUGGAGAUGAUGUUGAAGUAUUUUGUGAUGACGGAGCUUUUCGUGUGCAAUUUCGUGAACCGAUGUUUCUUCUGGGAGGACAAGAGUCCCAGUUGGAGCUGGACGCCAUCGACGACAUGGACUGUUUGUUGGUGCUUGAGUCGAUGGACCGCAUCGUGCCCACACACUCCAUUCGGCGCCUCGCCCUCACGGAGCAGCACCGCCGCCGCGCCCUGCGCGGGCGCUGCGCGGGCCGCCCGGGCGAGGGCGCCCAGGAGGGGGCGGAGCCGGCCGGCCUCGACGUGCUGUGGCUGGAGGACCAACCACACGCGGGCUUCCUCGUGGACCAGGAGGCGAACAUCAGGAGGUCGGAACCAGGCUCCGGGCGUUCCACAUGGCGGGGGAGAGCCAGUGUUUUAG